AUGUGUCGUGGUUGGGCGGGUCUGGUGGUGAUGGUGGAAAACAGACACACGGACAAGUGGAUCCACGUGAAGUGCGACUGCCAGGAGAGUUACAACGUGGUCUCCACGCGAGGGGAGCUGAAGACGAUAGACUCGGUGCCGCCUUUGCACAGACAAGUGAUAAUAGUGCUGACCCAGUUAGAAGGCAGCGGCGGGUUCUCCAUAGCGCACCGCCUCACGCACCGGCUGGCCGCGGGCGGGCGGCUGCAGGACUGGGCGCCGCGGGAUGAUGAGCCGCAUCAUCACCCACAUCACCGCCCUCCCAUCGCGAGGCGGCUGUUGGGACUGCAUGCGCCGCGGCUAAUAACGUAGAGCUCGUCUGCUACCGUCCGCAUAGAGUCAACCCAGAUAGAGCUGGACUCGUUACAACCUUGAACCGCCCAUACCUCGCCUAGUGUCACCGAGAGCUUCCGCCCACCUCUAUAGCUCAUCGGGAUUGUGUGGAGCCGCAUCACCAGCACCAUCGCUCGCCUUUUGCGGGAAGAUUAUUGAGUCACGCCACGGCUCUACAUAGUGCAACAGCUCUAUCUCUAUAUAGAUAGAGAUAUGAUGAGAACAUAACCUCAAUCUCGUGUAGAGCUAUGUAGAGCAGGCCGUUUGAGCCGCACACGCCUCAGCUUAACAAAUAGAGCUGAUUGAACCCAAAUUAGCUCAAAGGAACGUCACAGACAGCUCACAUAUCGCCUCCAUUCUGCUAGGCGGGAAGUGAGAGCUGCACCAACUACAUGGGGUUAGGAGUGCCACGGCUUAUGCUAGUAUAGAGACGUGUUAUACGGAACUGGCUACCAAUACAAUACAAAUAUAUUAAUUUGACAUAAUCUCAUAAGUUAUUAUUGAAAGUAAAAAAAAAUGACUAACUAAAUGUGAAAAGGAAAAUUUUUGAAUUAAACUGUGGUUUUGUUCGUCGAAGUAGGCCAGAAUUUUUGUUCUUUAAUAAAAUUGAUAAAUCAAAUUGUAUACUUUGAAACACAUUAAAUUAAUUUUAACAUAAACGUAAUAGGGAGGAUUUUGUCGACAUAAUUUGACAACCUUUGAUACCAGUGACUUACUCUUAAAGUAUAAUAAUAAAGACCUUAUACUCUAAAGAAUAAAGUUCAAAUUAAAAAAUGAACUCUGAUAUGACUUUGCAAUAAAAGUGACAGUUUAAUAUUAAGAUAUAUCUUUAAGGAACAUAGACAGAUAAUAAUGUAUAGAACGUUCUCUUCAGAUGUGAAUUAGUUGGAACGUGAUAGAGAUACCGUAUUCGUUGACGUUAGAAAGGGACAGGUAUACGAGCGCUUGUCGUCUCUAGUAUUCGUCAAUUCGGCCAUAUCUGUUUUCUGUCUAUGGUUCAAACGAUAGAUUUGUCUUAGGAUAUGACGAUUGGAAUUUUAUGAAUUUUUCUACGAACUAAUAAAAUGGUGCAAAAUGCUUAGUGUGUCGAGUUUUAGUACUUUUCGUGUGAAAUCUAUUCCGAUGAAGCAGCAUCAUUGUAUAAAGUCGCAGUGAUUAUAGAGUAGCUUAGAUAAGACUGCACUCAAGUGUAUAAAGUAGGUGUGUUCAUGGUUAAUUGUUUAUAUAUAGUGAGAAUAGCGUAAGAGACGGUGAUGAAAAAUAUCAUCAUCAUAACGUAAGGUUAGGUAGCUUAUUAUCGCUUGGCGUUCGCUAAAUGACGCGGUGUUUUGAAUGUUUUUCAAUUGUUGAAAUUUUAUUUACUUUGUUUUUUUGUUGAUAUUUUUUCUUGCCUGGAAUUUUAAGAGUAACGAAUCCAUGACAUUUUGUAAGUACCCGUUUUUAGUUGUGAUAGAAAUUUUAAAAGACAUUUAUUAAGUGUAGUCAGUAUUGUAAUUUAAUUGUUUUUCAUUAUUUAUCAUGAAAGUUAAAAAUCGGUCAAGUGCGAGUCGGACUCGCGACGCUGAGGGUUCCGUAAAUAUAAAUUCAUGCGAUACAGCCUGGUGACAGAUGGAAGGACAGACGGACGGACGGACGGACAGCGAAGUCUUAGUAAUAGGGUCACGGUGCACCUUUUUGGGUACGGAACUCGGAAAAUUAAAUUAGAUUCUUGGUUCCAUAACAUUGUAAUGCUACAUUUAUCAACGUCUUUGGUAAUUUUUAUGAAAGAAAGACACAUCUUAUUAGCUUUUUCUUUUGAAUAUUUGUACCAGUAUUCAAAAUUAUUUAACGAGUUUUAUCUUGAGGAUUUUUGAUUUUAGCAAGGACUGUUACAUUUAUACAUUAAAAAAAAUCAAAAAGGCAUUUUAGAUUCUAAUUCUCUUUGUAAGUUUCAAGUGAACGUUAGGAAUUCUAGCGGUCGUGUGAUGUUUCUGUGUUUGAGUAUUUUUUUAUUUUGUACUUAUGUUUAAAUUUUAUUUAAAUCUACUUUAAGUGUGAAAAUCGUUAAGUUUAUUUUAUAAGUGUAUCAAAUCAUGUAAACGCGUACUAGUGCUCUGUAAUUGGUCUAAAAUUGGCGUUAAUUUUUCUAAAAGUAUCCAUACACUUACCUAUGUAACAAGUUCGAGCAAAGCUAUAAAAGAGCGUGGAGGCCUGCCUAGUUAUCACAAACUGGAGUCUAUAGUUUUUCCCCAUACAUGGCCAGUAGAAAUCUAGACUUAUACCCUUGGCCUAUCUACCUGUAGGAAACAUGUCCCUUGGCUGAUAUAAGCACUGCCAUCUUCGUAUUCAUCCGCAAAUUUAUAAUGAAUUAACUAAAAUGUAUAACGAACCUAUCACUCACUUAGUGCUUAAGUUUGUACUUUUUUAUCUUAUGCAUUUUGUAGAAUAAGACUCGAGUGAAAAAUACGCGUUUUCGUGAUUUGAACUUUAAUACAAUGGAUCUAACAUUCUAUUUUGAAAUACUCAUUAUUGUAGUAUUGUUAUAAUUUUUUUGACACGUAUUAUAUCAUUCUUGCCAAUGUUAUUAGCGUACAACGAUUUGUUUAUUUACAACAUCUCUGAGGCCUAUUCGGUGUGCAAUAUUCUUUAUAAAUGUAUAUUUUAUUUGGCGGUACAUAUUCGGGCAUGGUAGGCAUUAUAAUGUACGAAUAGUGAUUGGUUGAAAUCGCAUAACGCUCAUUGGUUAAAAAAUUCGCGCCUUUUUAAAUGUAUAGUAAAUGCCCUUCUAUGUACCGAUAGCACAAUAAUCGCACAUAAUAUUUAAAUUAUUUAAUAUAGACGUAAUGAAUAGAUUGACAUAUUGAAUAAGUCAAACAAUUUUGUAACUUAUUUUUAUGUGGGUAGUUACUAUAUUAGCGCGUGUAGAUGAAGGCACAAUCACUGUAAAAAGCCAUUCUUGUUCACGUACUUGCCAAAGGUGGUAAGGUAAGACGAUUUUUAUAUAGAUGGCGCUGAAUACAAAAGCUAAAUUUUAUAUAAUGCUCAUAAAUAUGAUACUAGAACCCUUAUUUUUUUAACAAUAACAUACUUUUCAUUAUUUUAACGAUGAAGUUAAUAGAUUCGCUUAUUUUAAAAUUAGCUAGUGUUAUACGAUGUAACGAUAGAUGUAAAUCUCUGAAUUAUUCGAAGAUUUUUUGAAAUUUAGUAUUUGAGGGUAAUCAUAGAAAUAUGUAAUAUUAUGACGCAACGUUGUUUAAUACCAAUUUUUGCUCCCACAAAAACGUUUAUGGACUCCCAAUAUAUUGUAUACCACCUUAGACAUGAACGAAGACAUUCAUUAAAAGUUGGCGUACAUUAGAACGCAUCGUCACACUAAUGAAAAUAUCACGUUAAAAUUGUCUUAAGGGCCUCUGCGUUUUGGACCUGUGUCCCAUGUAAGCCCUCCAAAGGACCGGGUAUCUUCUGGUGCCCGUUAAUAGACAGUCGCCUGUUUUGCGUUUACAGAAAAUGAAGGUCAAAUCGGAAACUAUCCCAGCUCCUCCAUGGAGAACCUAACCGCAACACUAAUAUAAUAUUGGCAUUUGAAACUUAGCAUUACAAUUAUGGUUGAAUGUUGACUACUUUUAUGAGAUAAUAGUUACAUAUAAUGAUCCUUGAGGAUAGUAGGGACAUUAUCAAAACAGAAGUGUAUGUUGGGGCACCUAUAGUGAAAUGCUAAAUGGAAAUAGAGUUUCAUUAAGAGCAUCCUCAACAAUCAUCAAUAGAACAUGCAGUGCCAGAAUUGUCAUUGUGGACUAAAAGCGCUCUAUGUGUUUAAUUGCUAUAUUUCUGAAUUUUUAUUCUUAAAUAAGAUAGCUAUUUGAAGUAAUGUCCCGGAAUGCAUCGGUGCCGACACCCUUCAUUUCAGAGAUAAUCCUACUAAUAUUAUAAAUGCGAAAGUUUGUAAGGAUGUGUGUGUGUUUGUUGCUCUUUCACGCAAAGACUACUGAACCGAUUGCAACGAAAUUUGGUACAUAGACAGCUGGACAACUGGAAUAACAUAUACGCAACUUUUUAUCCCGAUAUUUCUACGGAAUACGGGAUGCGGGUGAAACCGCGGGCGCAGAUAGUAAUUUAUAUUGCUUAACACAUGGUAUGCAAAGAUGAGUUGGUGACGCUAUAACUGUCAUUCCCACAUAGACCUCAUAACAAUUUUCUUCCUCAUGUAAAGGAAAAGCGAACUGCAUCUGUAUUUAGAUUCACAGCAUGUCUCGAAUGAUGUAGCGUUGGCUAAUGUACGCCAAGCAUUACGUAGCACGUAGUACGAGCGAAUUGUUAUACUUUUGUAAACACGUGUUCGAUUUUCUGAGUUAUUUUUGUCUCACGUUAAUAUAAAAAUAAGGGAUAACUGUCGUGCCAUAGCGUAUGCCUUCGCUUUGUUGGUACUUGUCAAUUUUAAUAAUAAAUAAAUAAAUCGUCCGGUCAGUCAGUAAGGCCGAGGUGAAGCCAGCAAAGCAAGGAAGAUUUUUCUACUCGAAUGUUUUGAUAUCACCGUUUUGAUUUGACUUUUUCGAUGUAAGUUGUUUUGUAGUGUUAUGACGCUUAUUUUAUGUGUUAGAUAAUACAUGAAUGCAUGUUAUAUUGUAUAAGGGAAUAAAAUUAUUUAAAUUUGAA